AUGCAUCCCAACAGUGCUACUAGGGAUGAUCCGCCGGCAAUCAGCAUCCAAAGGCAAAACCUUCUCGCAAGGGGACCUUCAACUGGCGAGGAUGCUGGACAGGAGGCAGGAACGCUUGAGGGCCGCGCAAGGAGCCACGGCUCGCGCAUCGCCACAGGGUUUCGUAAAACGGCACAGUGUCUGCGCCGUGCGGCGCGGUGCGUGUGCCAAAACAUUCCCACGCUCUACCGUGUCUAUGGUGCCGCGCAGCACGGCGGUCUCGCCACGUUCUUCACCUUCAUUUGCCUCUUCGUGAUCAAUGACGUGACCUUUUCCGAAGUGUUUGCCGUAUAUUACGCGAUGGCGUUCUUUUUCCUUGGCCUCGGAUGCUGCGCCGCGGACAUGCGCGGCCUCUUGGGCUGGCGUGGACAGCUGUUGAAAGCCCCUGUCUUGCAGCAACUCUGCAUCUUCCUCCUCCUCGGGUGCGGCGCCAUUUGUCUGGGAAUCCAACAAGCCGCGGACUCCGCGUUUACCCUAGCCGAGAAGGAUGAGAAGCAGUACACUUUUCUGUUUUUCCCGGUCCUGUUACUCCUCUACGCACUGCUCGGGAGUGGCUUGUCGCUGGUGCUAGUGCUCACUUUCUUCCUCGUCUCUCGCGUCACCUGCUACGUUGUCAUGCGUUUCUGCACUCGCGGACGUGACCGUGAUUGGCUACGGGGGAGAUCGCGGCUAAAACGGGUUUUGGGACUCUGUUUUACCCCCUUGACGAAACGACAGUUGGAAUUUGUGCUCUGCGGGUACCAAGUUCUCGGGGUCCUCAUCGGAGCUUGGAUCGCCUGGAAUCUCACUAGUGACCGUUUCUUCCGAGCUUUGCGGCAUCCGCUGGCGGAGCCACUGCCGGAGGGGCAACCGCUUGCGUAUCUGCUGCCGUUCAACGUCAUUUUCGGCCAGUUUCUAGGCUUUCACUUGGAGGACAUGCGGAAAUCCAUCCGCGGACGAGUGUCGUUUUACCCGAGUCGCCUCUACCUGUUUCGUGAUGGGGCAAACCAGAUAGGCUCAGAUUCAGAGGACUAUGCGGCUGUCGAAUGA